CUACAUCUUUUCCCCACCUUCUUGAUUUUGGCAGGGGCAGGGGCUGACUUUGUGAUGCUGGGUGGCAUGCUGGCUGGGCACAGUGAGUCAGGUGGUGAGCUCAUUGACAGGGAUGGCAAGAAGUACAAGCUUUUCUACGGAAUGAGUUCUGAAAUGGCCAUGAAGAAGUAUGCUGGUGGUGUGGCUGAAUACAGGGCUUCGGAGGGAAAGAUUGUGGAAGUCCCUUUUAAAGGAGAUGUAGAACAUACCAUUCGUGAUAUCCUAGGGGGAAUCCGAUCUACAUGUACUUAUGUGGGAGCAGCUAAGUUGAAAGAGUUGAGCCGGAGAACUACCUUCAUCCGAGUCACCCAGCAAGUGAAUCCAAUCUUUGGUGAUGCAUGUUAGACCUGAGCAGUUCUGGCACUGGAACUCCACCACAGGGCCACCCAAGUGGCUCCUCACCCAGCUCCUGUGCCUGUGUACGACUCUGUGGCUUCCUCUCAUCUCACUGCUGAGGGCUCCUGCAGUACCUCUAGUUCUUUAUCUGCACGCACAAAAUGCCCAAGGCACUCUCUGGGGCAGAAGUUAGGAAGAAGACAAAAAUGAGGAAAUGAAGAUGUUCUAAUGUGAAGCUGGGGACCCAGAAUGCUGAAGAUUAAAAGGAUUGAUUGAUGUGUGUUUUAUAUGGUCUUGAUCUGGAAGAAGCAAGCAUUUACAAUCAUGUUUUUAAUUAGCCUCAUUAAAUGACAUCCACAGGUAUCUCAAAUUCAAAAGUGUUAAAAUAAUAAAGAGAGCUCAUGGAUUGUAAA